ACCCUCCGGGAAGAUGAGCGCCUGCGGCAGGAAGGCCCUGACCCUGCUGAGCAGCGUCUUUGCUGUCUGUGGCCUGGGCCUGCUGGGCAUCGCCGUCAGCACUGACUACUGGCUGUACCUGGAGGAGGGGGUGAUCCUGCCCCAGAACCAGAGCACGGAGAUCAAGAUGUCCCUGCACUCGGGCCUGUGGCGGGUCUGCUUCCUGGCUGGUGAGGAGCGGGGGCGCUGCUUCACCAUAGAAUACGUGAUGCCCAUGAACACCCAGCUGACGUCUGAGUCCACCGUCAACGUGCUAAAAAUGAUUCGCUCGGCCACGCCAUUCCCUCUGGUCAGCCUCUUCUUCAUGUUCAUCGGGUUCAUCCUGAGCAACAUCGGACACAUCCGUCCCCACAGAACGAUACUGGCCUUUGUCUCUGGCAUCUUUUUUAUCCUCUCGGGCCUGUCUCUGGUCGUGGGCCUGGUGCUCUACAUCUCCAGCAUCAACGAUGAGAUGCUCAACAGGACCAAGGACGCGGAGAGCUAUUUCAGCUACAAGUACGGCUGGUCAUUCGCCUUCGCUGCCAUCUCGUUCCUUUUAACAGAGAGUGCUGGGGUGAUGUCCGUGUACCUGUUCAUGAAGAGGUACACCGCAGAGGACAUGUAUAGGCCUCACCCUGGCUUCUACCGCCCGAGGCUCAGCAACUGCUCCGACUACUCGGGCCAGUUCCUCCACCCCGACGCCUGGGUCCGAGGCCGCAGCCCUUCGGACAUCUCCAGCGACGCCUCCCUGCAGAUGAGCAGCAACUACCCAGCCUUGCUCAAGUGCCCCGACUACGACCAGAUGUCCUCCUCCCCGUGCUGAGCUCGCCGCCUCCCUCCAUGCGCGGUGGACAGACAGGCGGACAGCCCUGCCUGUGCUCCCCUGCCGGCCCCUGGCUGAAAGGCCCAGGCUGCCCCAAGCUUUGCUGUAGCUACCUGACCCUUGUUGCCCCCCUGCUUCCCCCAGAGGCCUUCUGCCCGCCCUAAGGUGGUGACAGGAGGCUGGAGCCAGCAGGCAAGCUGAUUGGCUGAGAGCCCGAGUGUGGCACACACACACACACACAUACACACACACACACACACCACUUGAUGCCAAUCAGCAGUGUCUUGGGAAGCCAGAGCUUCCCCUUUCCUGGGAGAGGUGGGUGUCCAGCCGUGUGCCCACCCCUGUGCUCCCAACUUCACGGCGCCAGGCCAAAGCCACCUCUGAGAUGCCAUUUCUCACACAGACCAAGCUGGACUGCAUGCUCCAAUGCACCUGGGCCUCACCACAUUCCCAGCCUGGCCAUGGGGCCAAAAGGCAACUCUGAUAGGGAAAGUCUGGCUGGUUCAGAAUCCUCACGCAGUGCUCCCAGUGCAAUUAUUUAUCUGCUUCCUCACCUGAAUCCCGCCAACACCUCGUGUCUGUGCUCUCCAGCCCUCCACCCCACAGGCCGAGAAUCUUCCCAGCUUCUGCUCCCAGAACUCAAUGACCAGACCUCAGUCUUUCAGGGGCUGAGUGUGAGUCUGGGCCCACCCUGAGGAAGUCACAAAGAGGUGUUAAUGGCUGACGAUGUCUUAAUACAUAUGGCCCCUUGGUGACACUUUGAAAGGGGCCUUUAAUGCCUUAACCCAAAGAAGCGACUCUGACCAUGAGAAUUUUAAAAUUUGGCUGGUCUGUUUAAUAUUAUCAGGCCCUGUCAGGCCCUGAUACCAUUCCUGUUCAUAGGAGCAACAUGUGCAGUGCAAGGCCCUGAAAUCGAAUCAUGUAGACCGAUGUCUGUUCCACCUAAGAGGCUGCCUGGGAUUUGGAGCUAGAUUUGCCGACGCCAUCUUGAGCCUAAGACAGCCAGACCCGGGAUGAUGCAGUUGCUCUCCUGAGGACCCCGUGAGCCCUGGGGCCAGCUUGUUCCCACGUAGGGCUGCUUCCUGAGUUUGGGAACUACGUUGGCAAAUGGAAGCCUCCAGGCUAUGAGGCAGUACAAUGCCCACAAGAUGCCCAUUGCCCUGACAGGAAACCUGAGCUGUGGGUAGGAAGCACCUUAGGGGAGUCCAUGAGGGUGUGGAAGGUCACUGACAGAUGUGGCCUCCCACUUUAUGGACCUCUUCUCAGCUUGUACAUUUCAGGGUUUGCAAUUUUGAAGGGGAACCACCUCCAGGCAAUCUGGGGUGCACUUCUGCCCAGUCAGCUUUUCUCUCUGCUCCUGAACUCAGCUGUCUGUGGGUUCUGGCUGCACCAGCCACAGUGGGUGGUUCCCAACUUCCAGUGCCCCGGAAAGCACUACAGAAAAUGCACUCCUGGUAGGUUCCUGGGCCGGUGCCCCCUCACAAGAUACCACAGGCCAGGGGCUUAAACAACACACUUUCAUUUUCUCAUGGUCCUGGAACCUAGAGCCUGAGGUCAUGGCCUCGCCUUGGCCAGCAGCUGGCCUUCUCUGGGUGUCCUCACGGGGUCAUGCCUCUGUUCGCAUGCUCACCUGUGCCCAGAUGCCCUCUCAGGAGGCCGCCCAGCUCACAGUAUCACCUGUUUAAAGAACCUCUCUCCAAAUAGCCACAUUCUGAUGUUCUGGAGGGUUUCACCAUAGGAAUUGGGGGUGAGGGAGUGGGGAGCAAGGGCAGCUUGAGUAGCUGGGUUAUUACGUUUGUUUCUGGGCAUGAUAAGAGGGGAAGAGAGGAGAAGCCCUUUCUGGGCCCAGUUCAACCACUAACUCAACGUGGAUCCUCAGGCAACCGCCUUCGUCUGAGGGGCUGGACCCAAAUUACUUCCAAAACCCCCACCCCACACACAACCAACUCUAAUGAUUCCGCCUCAUGGAGAAAGUUCCAGAUUGCUCCCAAUGUGACUUUUCACCCUUGCCAGCAAACCUAUAGCAAGUAUAAAGCCCCAACUUUGUGCUCCAUUGUGCUUUCUGGCUACUGUGGACAGAAAAAUACAGAAACCAUGUUCCCCGCAGCGAAGAAGUGGGUGAGCGAGGCUGGAGGUUCUCCAGACUGGACAGGGGUUCAGAUGGGCUCAGCUCCUGUCUUUGUCAGUGUAAUCUGCCCCCGAGACCACCUUCCUCCUGACACACCCGUCCUCUGUCACUGUGUCCCUGUGGCAGCUCGUUUGUGUGCACACGGGAAAAUAGAAUCCACUCCUAAGUGCAAGAUGCCAGCUGUCCAUCCUUGGCCGGGCCUUUCUCGGCCUGGGCGCUGAGUUGCUAAGUCAGGCUUUGCCCCUGGGAAUGUGAAUUGACGCUUAUCUUAGGAGUGGGGUCUGGGGCAUUUUCUACCUGCCUGGGGGAGCGUGGCUGUCUCCAUAAUUGUGUAACUGUCACCAUUUUUUUCCUUUCUAUAAAUUAAUCUCAGAACUGAGGCUUAUUGGCAGCCUCUCCACAAUCACAAGGUUUUUAUCAAACAUUAAAGUGUAUAAACUCAACUCAGAAAUCAUAAAGCAGGGCUCCUUCCUUAAUACUCUUUCUGAUCGCUUAUUUCCUCGAGCAGUUAAAAAAAUACAUGGAUGAGUUUUUUUAAUCAUUCUCAAGAAGUGGGAGAGGGAGAUGAAUACCCAAAAUCUGAGGAAUUAUGGCAUAAAACCACUUGGGGCCACCAGCCAUUGGGAUGUUGGUUCUGUCCACUCAUCGCCCCUUCCUGCCUGCAGGGGUGAGGCAGUGGUCAUCCCUUCCCCCUCUGAUACACACAGAUCACAUGGUGGCCUGCCAGGGGUGAC